AUGUCAACAUCUAGGUCUUCAAAAUCUAAAGUUGUGAAAAAAAAUACAGCAGGAAAUAGGUCUGAUGUGGGAUGGCAAUAUGCCAUUGAUGUGGAUAAGAACUCAAGAAAAGUGCAAUGUAAAUUUUGUGAUAAGAUCUUUUCUAGAGGUAUUUUUCCCCUUAAGCACCACUUAGCUUAUACUCGUAAAGAUGUGGAGCCUUGUGUAAGUGUUCCCAAUGAUAUUAAAAAGGAAAUGUUGACAAUUUUGGUGAAAAAUGCCGAAGCCACUGAAAGAAAAAGAAAGAUAAUUCAUAGUAUUGAUGAUUCUGAUGAUGAGGGUGAUCAUAUGCAACACAUUACAUCAAAGGAAAAGGGUAAGAAUACUGGUUUGGAUGUUUUUUUGAAAAGGGGGCAGUGUGGAAAUGCAAUUGGAAGAGAGGAAAAUGUGGUGCAAGUUGUAACUGAUAAUGCUGCAAAUUAUAAAGCUGUAGGUGAGAUGCUAAUGGAGAAAAGAAAAGGGUUGUAUUGGACUCCAUGUGCUGCCCACUAUAUUGACUUGAUACUGGAGGAUUUUGACAAGAAACCAAAAGUCCAUUCUACUACCAUUACAAAGGCUAGGAGGAUAUCAACUUACAUCUAUUCUAGAACUCUUCUCAUUUCUAUGUUGAGACAUUUUACAAAAGGAAGAGACUUGAUAAGACCAGUUGUUACUCGCUUUGCAACUGUAUAUUUGACUUUAGGUUGUCUUAGUGAACUAAAAGGUCCCUUGAUGACAAUGUUCACUUCAAAGUCAUGGAAGUCUAGUAGGUUUGCAUCUCAACAAGAUGGAAAACGAGUUCAACAAAUGGUGUUAGAUUCUAGAUUUUGGAAAAAUAUAAUUUAUUAUCUGAAGGCAACUUUGCCAUUAGUAAAAGUUAUUCGAUUGGUUGAUUUAGAUGAGCAACCAGUUAUAGGUUUUCUUUAUGAGGAGAUGGAUCGAGCUAGAGAGAAGAUUAAAGUAAAUUUUCACAAUGUAAAGAAAAUUUUCGAGCCAAUUUUGAAGAUUAUUGAUGAAAGAUCGGAAUUUCAAUUGCAUAGGCCAUUACAUGCUGCAGCGUAUUAUUUGAACCCUCAUUAUCAUUAUAGUCCAAAUUUUAAAGUUAAUAUGGAAAUAAAAUUGCGACUAUUUAACUACAUUGAAAGAAUGGUUAGAGAUCCAGAUGAAAGGGACAAAAUAUAUGUGCAACUUGAUAUGUUUAAGGAUGCAAAAGGGUUAUUCGGCCAUGAAUCUGGUAAACAUUCAAAGGAUAAAAAGGCUCCAGGAAAGUGGUGGGACACCUAUGGAGAUAGAUGUCCUGAGUUUCAAAGAUUUGUUAUUCGUGUGUUAAGCUUGACAUGCAGCUCUAUUGGGUGUGAACGAAAUUAG